AUGGCUAACAAACUGAAAAAGGUUGAUCAGGGUUCAGAAUUAGGCCGAUCAUCAUCAUCAACAACUCUUAAUCUUGUUUUUGAGAAUGGUGGUGUUGGUGUUGGUGUUGGAGGAAGGUGGUCAAGUGGAUUUGGGAGCUUGAUUAGAAGGAAGCAAGUUGAUUCAGUUCAAUUCAAGGCACAUGGUGGUCAUCAUCAUCAAUUGGCUAGGAAGUUAUCUGCUGUGGACCUCGUUGCUAUUGGGGUUGGAUCUACAAUAGGUGCUGGUGUAUAUAUUCUCAUAGGAACAGUUGCUAGAGAGCAUGCAGGACCAGCACUUGUGAUAUCACUUCUCAUUGCAGGAAUAGCUGCUGCACUAUCGGCUUUUUGUUAUGCGGAGCUUGCAUGUCGAUGCCCCUCCGCAGGGAGUGCUUAUCAUUAUGCAUACAUAUGCCUUGGAGAAGGAGUUGCUUGGUUGGUUGGUUGGGGCUUGAUUCUUGAAUAUACUAUCGGUGGUUCAGCUGUUGCUCGUGGCAUAACCCCAAAUCUGGCCUUAUUUUUCGGAGGGUGGGACAAUCUACCUUUCUUUUUGACACGGCAAACAUUACCAGGUCUUGGUGUGGUAUGUGUUUUAAAAUACAAGCAUGUAAUCUCCCUCUUUUCCUCUCUAAGUUCAAUGGCACAAUCAAUAGUGACAACAAUAAAUGUCUGUGCAAUGCUUUUCGUCAUUAUAGUUGGUGGAUAUCUGGGUUUCGAAUCUGGAUGGAUUGGAUAUGAGCUACCUAGCGGGUAUUUUCCUUAUGGAGUGAAUGGGGUGUUUGCUGGGUCUGCAAUAGUUUUCUUUUCAUACAUUGGGUUUGAUGCAGUCUCCAGCACAGCUGAGGAGGUUAAAAACCCUCAACGAGAUUUGCCCCUUGGCAUAUCAAUAGCGUUAUUUAUAUGCUGCAUUCUUUAUAUGCUUGUAUCAGCAGUUAUUGUUGGCUUGGUACCAUAUUAUAGGUUGGACCCUGAUACACCGAUCUCGUCUGCAUUUUCUAGCUAUGGCAUGAAAUGGGCCGUCUAUGUAAUAACAACUGGAGCUGUCACUGCUCUUUUUUCCAGUUUGAUGGGUUCACUUCUUCCUCAGCCACGAACUUUUAUGGCGAUGGCUAGGGAUGGUUUGUUGCCCUCAUUCUUCUCAGACAUCAAUAAACACACGCAAGUUCCUUUGAAAAGCACUAUUGUCACUGGUGUCCUUGCAGCCACUCUUGCAUUCUUUAUGGAUGUUUCCCAGUUGGCAGGGAUGGUUAGUGUGGGAACAUUGCUUGCAUUUACCACUGUUGCAGUCUCGGUUUUGAUCAUCAGAUAUGUUCCACCUAAUGAGAUACCUAUCCCAUCCUCGCUUCAAAAAUCUAUUGAUCGGCAUUCUUGUGGUGAUGAUGAAGAUAGGGCAAGUCCUAUAGAUACUGCUAGUUAUUGUGAUAAUCACCUAUAUGGCAAGUCAGAGGCUCUGCUUGGACAACCUUUAAUUAUAAAAGAAAUCAAAGAAGAACAAAAGGAGAAAAGUAGGCGGAAACUUGCUGCAUGGACUAUUGCUCUUCUAUGCCUAGGAAUUCUCAUAGUUGCCUUUGCUGCUUCAGCCAACAGGUGCCCCAGCAUUUUGCGAUUCACAUUGUGCGGAGUGGGUGGAGUUCUUAUUUUGUGCAGUGUUAUUGUCCUUACCUGCAUAGGACAAGAUGAUGCAAGGCACAGCUUCGGACACACAGGAGGUUUUGUUUGCCCAUUUGUUCCAUUCUUACCUGCUGCCUGCAUUCUUAUAAACACCUACCUCCUAAUUGAUCUUGGAGUUGCCACUUGGCUGCGAGUGUCCGUGUGGUUGCUGAUAGGAGUGUUUAUAUACUUAUUCUAUGGCUGCACCCACAGCUCGCUGUUAAAUGCGAUCUAUGUUCCCUCAGCAUGUGCUAAUGAAAUCCUUGGAAUUCGAGAAGAACAUCUAGCCUAGUUAGUAUUCACACAGCAGGGACCAGAGUUGAUGCAUGACCUUCUCCAUUUAUUAUUUAUUUAGUUACACCAAUUGUAAAUUUACUAUUCUAAAAUCAGGACUUUGUUAAUGGUAACAAAUUGAUGGGGGAGGAGGACCCUUAUUGUUGCAUUCCUUGUCUAUAUAGAUAACUUAUUUCAGUUAUUUGUUUCUUCAACACUGCCUGUGAAUUUAUGUAUGCAGAGUAGGUAAAAAAGAGGGCAUUAUUGCAUAGAAGGAGAGGGAAUAAUAAAGAUUUACA